UCCAAUUUGGCAGAAGUCUUGAAAGUGCAGUGCGGCACGGAUUUUAUAUUUUAUGCGCUGCCAAAAUUUUCACAUUGAGUGUCCAUUCACGUGAAAGGGGUCUGUCUGUCUGCUGUCCUGUCAUAGACUUUUGGUAAUAGAUAUCUCAUCAUCAACGGAGACUAAUGUAUUGACAUUCACCUUCCAAGAUCUCUGUCAAUUUGCAAUCAUGUCAGUCAGAAUGACUCCACCAAGGACUUGUAGUACACCAAGGUUAUAUGAGUUUGUGAUAGUUUGUGCAGUGCUUCUAGGAGUGGUACAAGGAUUCAGUGAAGACAAUGGUGUUAUUAAAUGGGAUGCAUUCCCACCAGAACCAGACUAUCAAUCAGGACUUCUUCAGAUGCCACAUACAUUGAGGGAUAUUAAUACCGUAGCGGUUGCUUUCAUCCAAGCUCUACCACCUAAAGAACUACCAUGGGAUCUUUACAGAGGAAUAAUCAAUGGAACUGUAGACUUUUCAGAUCCAAUGUUGUAUGUGGAUCACACAGUAGCGUUCAUGGCUCUGUUUGCCAUUGCAGUUAUCUUCAUGAUAUUCAUGCCUAUAACUGGGAUCAUCUUCUGCUGCUGUCGUUGCUGUGAUAGGUGUGGCGCUCACAUGCUACAACGGGAGGAAGAUAACGUACCAUGGAAGAGGGCGGGCUUUGCCUGUGGUCUACUCAUCGUCUCCAUCAUUAUGACUAUAGGUAUUGGGAUAUCAUUCAUUGCAAAUCAGAACGUAUCUUCUGGACUACGUAAAGUUGAACCCAACAUACAAACCAACAUGGAUGACCUCAUCAUGUAUGUCAAUCAGACAGUUGAUGAGAUUGAUUUUCUAUUGGACCAAGUUGACAAAGUGAAAAAUCUUGCAGUGAAGAAACUUGAUAAUAUCAGCAUUACUGUUGGCGAACCAGUGAGGGAUAAGCUUAGGGUCAAAGUUGAACCUGCCAUCAUUGCUGUCAAAGAGCUUCAUAGGGAUGCAUAUGAUGCGCAUGUGCUUCUCAACAAGACAAAUGACCUGAUUCAGGAGCUGCAGUUCUCAGCUAUGAUCCUUACGGACUCCUUGAGGGACGAAAGAUGGUUUCUCAAUGAAACCCUCCAAUCGUCAGCGUGCUUUCAGAGUGAAGGAUGCAGGGCUGCGAGAGGUCUUAUUGAUCUUAAUAGACUCUCGCUUUCAACGCACUAUAAUCAGACAAACAUUGAAGACUUACUUAUGCAGGCAUCACAGGCGUUAGAAAGCGAUCUUACCAGUUAUGCCGUCAGUACACAAGCUAUAUUAGAUUCUAUUCCACAAAGAAUUGAAGAAGAAGGCAGCUCACACGUACAAGAAAUCAAGCAAAUGGUGGAUGAUCUGUAUGCUGGAGGUGCUUCUGGCAUUGUUGAUAAUGCUAGAAAUUUGAGUCAAGUUGUAAUCGAUCAGAUAACAGCAAUUUUCAGCCAGUCUUCAGAUCAACCAGUUUCUCAAAUGCUUUAUCAAAGCCUUCAUAUGGCUGUUACAUACGACCAGUAUAGGUUCUAUUGUGGUAUAGGUUCAGUGUGUGUAUUCAUCAUCAUUAUCUUGUGUAAUUAUCUUGGAGUAUUAUUUGGUGAAUGUGGUCGAGAUAAGAGAGAUCAACCUACAGAGAGGGGAUGUCUGUCGAACCUUGGUGGAACUCUGCUCCUUGCUGGUGUUGCAUUUGGAUUUUUGUUUUCUGCUCUGUUGAUGCUGAUGACAACCAUCUUCUUCUUAGCUGGAGGAGGAACUGAGAAAGGAAUAUGUCAACCUAUUGAAACAAGGGCAUUAUUGAGAGAGCUUAUAGACUAUCCAUAUCUCCUAGACCAAGGAGAAGCAAGUUUUCUUGGAUCCGUCUUACUGAGUGAUGGCAGUCAUACCGUCAGUGCAGAAAACAUCAUCAAUAAAUGUGAACAGAAUGCUGCUAUCCUAACAACAGUUGAUACGAACAUAACCACCACCAUUGCAGAGCUCUUACUUAACUACAAUAAGUCAUCAGAAUUAAAUUCCUCGUUUGUGUUGGAGUCCAUGGACCUUUCUAAUUUCACCACAUUGGACAGCAGAGUAGUAUCUUCUCUCACUCGUAUCCGAGAUGCCGGAAACAACAUCAAUAUCACUGGGGUACUACAGGAGAUAAGUCAGAGUAUUACGAAAGUAAACCUGACUGACUAUGCUACCAUACUGAGGACUACAGCUAACAGAGAAAACAAUGUGACACUGUAUGACAAGUUGCGUGGUCAUGCUUAUAAGCUGACCACACUGACCAAUACAUUUGUCAAGCCGAUGCAGUCUAAAGUGAAUGUUUUGAAGAGUAAGCUGACAGCAUUGCAUAGCAAGACAAAUUACUUGUCGGCCUUGAUCAAUGGAACUUUAACAGGCAUUAAUGAAGUAGAGUUAUUCGUUAACACUGAUGGUCCACUUAUUCUUGAUGAGGAAAUCAAACGGUUUAGAGAUCAUUUAGUUGGUUACCUUGAACAAACAGCAGAUCACAUCAUAUAUGAGCUUACAACAGAUUUUGGUCACUGCAGACCUAUAGCGGCAGUCUAUUCUUCCCUUGAUGUUGUCCUGUGUGAUUAUACAUCAGAUUCACUGGAAAACAACUUUCCACUUUGGUUGGUGCCCCUGUAA